AAUCACCUUAUAGUCGUGCUAAGGCUUUAGAUCGGGGGCAACGUCUAAAUGCACUAAGUGACCUUGGCUUUCCGAUUUUCUCUAUAGAUCUACGCACAAUGCCAUGUGUUCGAUAAUGUGGGUGUUCUAUGUUACUAGUACUUGAUUUUCCUCAGUACGGAUUCAUUGACGGGUUCGCUUCGCACUAAUCACGUCCUUCGAUUUAUGGAUCCGAUAUUGUCAGCGGACUUCCUCCUUCCGCUGGCAGUCCUUCCUGGAUAAACAGGAGGAGAGGAUUUGUCAUAAGUAGAGGCUGGGCGAUGGGGAAUAGUUGUGGAACUAAAGGGAAAAUUAUGCCGGGACAACGGUACCGCCUGCUCUACUUCAACGCCCGGGGACGGGCCGAGCUUGCCCGGCUCAUCCUGGCGGCCACUGGUGUGGACUAUGAGGACGUCCGAUUCGAAAAGGAAGAAUGGCCGAAGAUAAAACAAACAAUCCACUUUGAAGAAGUGCCAAUACUAGAAGUCGAUGGUAAACAAAUCAACCAGAGUUACGCCAUUGCCCGAUUUCUUGCCAGAGAGCACGGUCUUUACGGGAAGGAUGCCGUGGAAAUGGCCGGGGUGGAUGCUGUAGUUGACACGUUAGAAGAUAUGAUGAAACCUAUAUACACGAUAUACUUAGAGGAGAACAAAGAAAAAAUGAGUUCGAUGUUGCAAAAGUAUAAGGAAAAUACGUUAAAACAUUACAUGCAGAAAUUUGAGGAAUAUCUUGCCAAAGAGGACACUGAAUACUUCGUUGGGAGUAGUUUGACAUGGGCUGACCUCCACUAUAUCAACUGCAUGAGUUGGGUGACACUUUUCGUACCCGACGCUUUGGACAACCACCCACGGCUCAUCAACCUCAAGAACAAAAUCGAGUCACUCCCGCGGAUAGCUAACUGGCUGGAUACAAGGCCUAUCACGAACUAUUGAGGAACUACGAAUGACGGGGAGCCGCUGUGGUCUAGUGGCUCCGACUGUCAGUCAAGAGGUCUCUGGUACGAACCUCACAGUCGGCGUGCGACACCAGGCCUGUCUCUUUUCUAAUUUGACGUACUCCACCCAGGUAUAAUGGGUAUCAGUCAGAAGUGAUAUGGUUGUAACGCUGAUUAAGCAUCUGAGGUCUGUACUAAGAACUUUCAGGAUGGACCGGGGUUAAUGAUAACUUCUACUGAAGUAGAUAUCAGACUAUAAACCCAAAACUUUUCUAACAAGUCUUGAAUGAUGCAUUGAGAAGCAUUAAUUGAAAUACUUCUUGGUACUUGACAUGUACUAAGUGGUAACUUCAUUAAGCUAUUUACUCGCUGAUUUUCUCUUGGAUGAAAUCUGACUGAUGACGAGGCGUUUUAGUGCUCUUCAAACCGAAUGACGGAGUGCUCUAUCUGAUUUGACAUGACGCGGUAUGUACCGUGAUAACAGAUAACUUUGUAAUAAUUUUAACGCCCACAUUAUCGAUGACUUGCUCAGUUUUAUCCAGUUGUUGUGUACUGAAAUCAGGGUAAUGUAUAAGGCAAGUCUAAUCACCCCGUGGGGUGUGAUGUCCGUCAUUUGAGAGGUACAGGUUUUGAUCCGAGAACGAAAUCAAGGCGUUUUUCUCUGGUUGAUGCCAUCAAGUCAUGUUGAUUGUUAUGUAUCGUUGUUACCAGACGUUAAAGCAACACUUACUGUUUCAAUGCAAUUCUGACAACAGGCAACACGAUAUCCGUCGAUAAAAUGUCACCUCCGUUCUCGUUCUCAGAUUAAGUUCUGAACCUCUCUAUUGUCUUUUAAAGCUUGUUUAUUUAUUGUAGACUAGCACUGUAUAUUAAUGUCAUACCCUUGCCAGUCUAAUAAGUGAUCUUUAACGCUGUGUCAAGAAUUAUUUUCUAGAAGUGCUGAAACGUACACCCUCAUCAUGUGUUGAUCAUCUGUACAUGUACAUGUACAUCAAGAUUGUAUGUACACUCCUUGCAGGCGCAAUACUGUGUCACGUGAUGCUACAUUGAUAUUUCUUAGGCAUAUGGUAAAUUUGUUUGGAAAUUCUCUUCGAGAUGCUCAACAAAAUGUGCUGGGGUUUUUGAAGGAACCUUUGGCAUAACGCUCGUGUUGACAGAGCUAGAAUUAGGGCCUACUUCAUGACUUGUGUCAUGCUGUGUAUCUCGUCAGGGGUGCAUGUUACUGUAGAAUUUGGUUUCAAAAUCAGAUAUCCAUUCAUAUUUUGUCAUUUUGAGAGAAAAAAUCACUUUAAAUUCAACUAGAUCAACAAAUAUCGUGAUGAAAUUUUCGACAAUAAAAACGAUGGCUUGAACAAGAGCAUAAAGUUCAUGUAAUUGGUUUGCACCGCGUGGUCCGAUGGCUCCGACUCUCGGCAACGGUUCGAUUUGGUGAGCGAAUCAGAUAUCCCGAUUGCAUGGUGUUCUUUUCGUUUUUUAAUGUUAACUCUUGGUAAUUGUAAAUAAGAUUAUUUGUACUGACUGAAUCUAAUGUGGUUUUUUUUCUAUUUUAAACAAAACUUUGCGUUUCAACCCGUUGUCCAGGGAUGAAGUGUCCGGAAACAAAAGGUUAUUUUAAGCGUUUUCAAUUUAUGUGGCAUUGAAGGACGUUCGUCUCUUUAGAACCAUGCUAGACCAGUUCUGGACCUGCGGUAAGGAGGUUUUAUCCAUGCCCACGUUUCUCUCUGUCCCCUAGGACGUCGAUCCACACAACGAUUUGUCAAACCCGGGACUUGGGGAAAAUAAGUUUACCGCAGGUUGUGGUUGUGCUGCAGCAAUGGGGUAUGGCAAUAUCGAGUUCAAUUUUGCGAAUGAACGAAAACCAUAGAUUUGUAAUAUUUGGUUUGGCCAGUGGAACUGAUAACAUUUCCAUUUCUGACUCAAUGUCGUAUAUAGUGCGGUUAUUAUGCAUACAAAUUUGCUGAAACUUGUUAUUUUUAAAUGUUUUAACGAACUGCGUAGGCAUCAACAACUAUGGUAACGUCUUUCAGUUUUUCCGGUUUUCUGGCCCCUGUCAUAAGUCGUAAAGGUCAUGAUCAGGGAAGAAGUCGUCUUCUAAGCCGACAAUUGUUAAAGCACGGUUUAUUUCGCCAGUCAGCUGCAGUAGCGGCGAACACUCAUAUCUCCUUUAUGUGGAAUCUGACAGAGCCUACAGCAAACGCGAAAUGUUUUUCAUUUUUGCCGGGGCAUUUUUGUUAGAAGAAAUAAUAUAUUCAGACUAUUGGUUAACUGUAAAUAAAAUUAUACAAUAUGAUAUUGAUAAAUAAACCUUGUAAUUUAUGA